AUGGACCCAAGUCCUCAAUUUCAAGCCGAUCAUGACUCAUUAACUCAGAUUUUGGAUUUAUUGAGUCCUGAAAUAGGCACUCUCGAAGAACAAAGACAGAAACAGCAAAGGCUUAAUGAGCUGUCUGAGAGCCUUGAAUUUUGUUGAUAUUUAGCCUUAAUAUUCGGAGAAGGAACUGAUCAAGACACCCUGAUUAGACAAAAAGCAGGACUCGCUUUGAAGUCUCAACUCGAUGCUUAUUUUUCACAGAUUAGUCCUGAAAUGAUCGAGUAUUGUAAAGGAAUGAUCAUAAAAGCAUACGAAAGCGAUGAAAAGGUCAUAUGCGAGACAGCAGGAAACGCUAUCUCCCUCAUCUUAUUCAGAGGCGGUCUAAAUAUUUGGCCUGACAUUAUCGAGUUCCUUACUACUAAGCUCAGUAGUGAUAAUGAUUCUAGCAUCUAUUCCGCUGCUAAAGCAAUUUGAUUUAUCAUUGAAGACUCUAGUAAAGCAUUUGAAGAACCGAAAUAUGCAGAGGAUCUAGAGAUGCUUCUUCCUGCUCUUUCAUCAAUUCUGAUGCAGCAGCCAGCCAAGGAUGACAAUAUCAGAAGUAUAGUUAUCCACACUAUAAAUAUGAUGAUUAUCAUGAACACAGAUGUGGUUUACAGGAAUACUGAGGGGUAUCUGAAAAUCUUACUUGACAUAAUCCAAGAGGAUUCAACCAAGCUUCGAACUAGAGCAGUUCAAGGUCUCACAAAUAUUCUUGAUUUCAGAAUGGAAUUGGCUCUGAGCCAUUAUGAAUCUCUCUUCGAGGUAAUGCUUGAGUGCCUCAAACUUAAAGACCAAGAAGUCGCCCUCGCUUCAGCUGAGUUUUGGUCAGGACUUGCUAUUAACAGGAUGGAGAAUGAUGAAGAUGACAAAAAGAGAAUCGAACUUAUUGAGAAAGUCCUUCCAAUACUCUCUCCAAUUCUUCUAGAAUGCUGAAGAUUUGCAGAGGCAGACAGAAUUGCCUCUUUGCCAUUCAAUAACGAAGAUGCUAAUGUUUACGAUGAGAAUUACUAUGAAGACCAAGAAGAUGAUGUUGAUGAAGAGGAAUAUAGCCAACUACAAGGCCUAUCUACACUCAGAAGAGCCUCAGCAUUCGCUUUUGAAAAGCUAGCGACUGUUUCUCCAGAUACUAUUUUCGAAAGCAUCAAGCCUUCUCUUGAGCAAUAUCUUCAGAACGAUGAUGAUCAGGAGGGGAGAGAAGCUUCUAUUGUAAUCUUAGGGGCGAUUUGUGAAGAGAAUGGACCAACAGUCCAACUAGAGCAGCAUCUUUCAACUCUUGUACCUUUAUUAUUCAACUUCUUAUCAUCUGAGCACUCAAAGAUAAAAAUCUCAACCACUUGGACACUCUCAAAAUUUUCAGACUGGAUCAGUAACAAUACUGCAGAAGAGGAAAUGACAGUAUAUGUAGAGAAACUUUGUGUAUUAAUGAAGGAUUCAGACCCAGAACUCUGAGAAUCAGCUUGCUGCUCUCUCAGUGACAUCCUCGAAUACGCUGGAGAAAAGCUGGCUCCUAGUAUUGGAAUCAUAGCAAUGACUUAUUCCCAAAUUUGAUCAACCUACUCUGGGAGAUGACUCAUGGCUUUGCUUGAUGUUGUGGGUCUCUUUGUUGAAAUAUUUGCAGAGCAGCUAAGAGAUCCUCAAGCAAUGGAGUUGAUAAUAACUCCCCUAAUUACAAAACUUAACGAGCUUUCUGAAAAUGAUAAGAUUUUAAUUCCAGUUCUCAAAUGAGUAAAGGAGGUUGUCAAAGUCUUUGGCAAUAUGCUAGACACAGCCUUUGUAGACAUCAUCCAGAAAUGUCUCAAAAUAAUUUCUCAGGUUACUAAUUGUCUCACAAUUGAGGGAAAUACUCAAGAAUAUGAUGUAAAUUUUGCAAUAGAAGCAUUCCCCCUUCUCACUGAAGUUUUCAAAAAUUGGGAGAAUAUCUCUUCAAUUGCAGAAAGUGAUUACUUCAGCAUAUUGACUAAGAUCCUAUCACUUAAUUGCUUAAAUCAAAAUUCAGGCCAGACAGAGAUUAACUCUUCAGGAAACAUAACUACAAGUUUUGGAAAAUUUGACUCAAGCAGGAUCAGCUACAAGCAAAAUUGCUUUUCCCACAUCAACUUCAGUCAUAAAUAUUUACCGAACGAAAUUCUUGAACCAUAUAUUGAAUCAAUUCUGAAAUCUCUAUGAGACUCUCUGAUGCUGUAUAACGAGAAUCCUGGAAACAAAAGAGAGCUCACCUCCAUUGCUAACAACGCUUGUCUAACAAUAGGAAAUAUUGCACUGAAAAUAAAGGCUGAUAUCAAAAUCUCCCUUAGCCCAGUUUACAAAGAGCUAAACAUUAUUCUUAACAACAAGACUUUGGACAAGGGGCUCGCUAAACAUUGUUGCUUUACCCUCGGAAAGCUUGGGCUGGUAGAUCCAAAAUCGUCUACAGAGUACCUCCAAAGUUUCAUCAAACCAUGGUGUAUCUGAAUGAGGUAUUUGCCAGCAAAUGUCGAAAAGUACCAAAGCUUCACUGGGAUCUGAGAAAUAAUUAAAAAUAACCCUAAAGCAAUCAUCGAAACAUUUGACUUCAUCUGUGAAGCUAUCUAUGAGUACCCAGACGCACCUGAAGAUCUCCAGCGCACCUUCAAAAUAAUUCUCCAGAGCUUUAAAGAUAACUCAGGGGAAAGUUGGGUUCAAUUUUAUUGAGCUCUUCCUCAAGAAAUGCAACAGAAGUUGUCUGAGAAAUAUGAAAUAUAAAGAUUCAGCAAUAAUUA